AUGUCACCCGUAGCAGCACCAUCCCUUACUCCCCUCCCCUUCUCUCCCCUCUCGGACCAGUACACUGCGCUCGCUAAAGCUGGAUCCAACGUAGAAGCCAAAGCAGCAGCCGACGCCAUCGCCUUAUCUCUCAAGAAAGCUCCCAGGUCUUUAGACGCUCUACAAGAUGGAAAGGUCGUCGACGUGGUCUUACUGUGGAUCUCAUCCAAAUCGGGAUAUGAGAGGGAAUCAGCACCUGUCUUAGUCGAAAGGAUUUGUAAAUCAUUGGGAACAGGUAUUGAAGGUGUUUUCUUGCCUCUCAUUCCAUCUUUGUUGAACCUUGCUAUGGAUAAGGGACAACCCGUAAGAACUGCCGUCAACUCAGCUAUGAACGCGCUCAUCAAAGCUUCUGCACCCGAGGGAUCAAGGAUGAUCUUAGAUGUCUUGUGUAAGGCUUUAGAAGAUUCGAAAGGUUGGAGAUCAAAGGUAGCAGCUUUGAAAGCUAUUGAAAAUCUGAUUAAACCUGGUGCAGAUGAUUAUAUCGCUCAGGAAUUAGGUCAUGUUAUCCCCUUCGUGGAACAUGCCAUGCACGAUACCAAAUCUGAGGUCUCCGCCGCUGCUCAAAAAACCGCUACUACCCUAUGUGGUAUCCUUCCCAACCCAGAUGUACUCAAACAUAUCAACCUUUUGGUCUCAGCUAUGGCUUCCCCAGCAGCCGUACCAGGAACUAUUAAAGGUCUAUCAUCCACCACCUUCGUUGCUGAAGUCAAUGCACCCACACUCGCAGUGAUGGUACCCCUCUUAUCUCGAGCAUUGAAAGAACGAUCGACUGACGUUCAACGAAUGACCUGUAUCGUCAUUGGAAACUUGGUCAAAUUGGUUAGAGACCCUACCGUCGCUGCUAGAUACCUCGGACCAUUAUUUGGUGGUGUGGAACAACUUGCCAAAGGAGCUGCUUUCCCCGAAAUCAGAGCUUUCGCUCAAACCGCUUUGGAUAUCCUUAUCGGUGCAGGUGCUUCUGCCAACGCUACUCCCCUUCCACCCAGAGAUAUCAUCCUGGCCGUUACCGAGGCUUUGACAAUUAUGGCUCCUCAUCUGGACGUUCAAGGAUUACCCGCUCACCCCUCUUUACCUCUCUCAUCAUCCAUGCCUUCCUCACCCGUAUUGGCUCACGCAAUCGAAUAUCAAGCGAACGUAGUGGCUGACUUGGUCGAUAUGCGAAGAUGGGAUGCGAGCACAUGGGAGACCAAAGGUUUAGGAUCAUUCAUGAAAUUACUUCUUGGUGCGGAGCAGGGCGCGGAAGCCACUCAAGCUAUAAGAAAGGCAUUCAUGGAUAUUGAUAAAGCCAAGUAUGCUCCUGCGGAAGAAGAUGAUGGCUCAGAAGGUCAAUUGUUAUGUGAUAUUCAAUUCUCAUUGGCUUAUGGUGGUUUGUUAUUGUUAAAUCACACGAACCUGAAAUUGAGAAGAGGUAGAAGAUAUGGUAUCUGUGCAGCGAACGGUGCUGGUAAAUCAACGUUGAUGAAAGCUAUCAGGGAUGGCAAGGUCGAAGGUUUCCCACCUCAAGAUGAGCUCCGAACCAUCAUGGUAGAACACGCUCUUCAAGGUGAAGAUACCUCCAUCGCCAUCUUAGACUUCAUCUCUGCCGAUCCCAAAUUAGCCAAGAAGACCAAAGAUGAGAUCUCAGCGAUGCUGUUGUCGGUCGGUUUCUCCGACGAGAAGCAGAGAGAUCCAGUAGCUUCCCUUUCUGGUGGUUGGAAGAUGAAGUUGGAAUUGGCCAGAGCCAUGUUGAUUGGUGCUGAUAUCUUGUUACUUGACGAACCUACCAAUCACUUGGAUGUUCAGACUGUCGCUUGGUUGGAAGAUUAUGUAUGUAACCUCCCUGACAUCACUUGUAUGAUUGUAUCGCACGAUUCUGGUUUCUUAGAUAACGUUUGUACCGAUAUUAUUCACUACGAGGAGAAGAAACUUGUAUACUACCCUGGUAACCUUUCCAAAUUCGUGGAGAGAGUCCCAUCUGCCAAAUCUUACUACACCCUCGCUGCUACUUCCAUCAAGUUCUCCUUCCCUCCACCUGGUUCGUUGAUGGGUGUCCGAUCCAACACUCGAGCCAUCAUGAAAUUGGCCAACUGUACCUUCACUUACCCAGGAGCUGCCCGACCGUCUUUGAAGAAUGUAUCAUGUUCGCUCUCCUUAUCCUCGCGAGUCGGUAUCGUCGGACCCAACGGUGCUGGUAAAUCGACUUUGAUCAAGUUAUUGACCGGAGAGACUGUACCUCAAGAAGGAUCCGUACAUAAACACCCGGCUUUACGUGUUGGGUACGUCGCUCAGCAUGCUUUCCACCAUAUCAACCAGCAUCUCGACAAGACCGCUGUCCAAUAUAUCCAAUGGAGAUACCAAGAUGGACACGAUCGAGAGAUGCUGGAGAAGGCUACCAGAGUGUUCACCCCAGAAGACCUGGAGAUGAUGGAGAGGCCUAUCGAAGGUAAAGAUGGUUCAUUGAGAAAGAUCGAGAUGAUUCUCGGUAGAUCGAAAUUGAAGAAAACAUUCCAGUACGAAGUUAAAUUCAAGGGAAUGACUCAUAAAUACAAUGCCUGGUUACCCCGGGAUCUCCUUAUCGAGAAAGGUUUCCAGAAGUUGGUGGGUCAAUUCGAUGAUAUGGAAUCGUCUAGAGAAGGUGCUGGACAAAGAGAUACGGCGGCGUCAGCUGUGAGAGAAGUGCUAGAAGCAGUCGGAUUAGACGGUGAUAUUGCCCAAUAUAACGAGAUGUCGGGAUUGUCAGGUGGUCAAAAGGUCAAAGUGGUCAUUGCUGCUUCUAUGUUCAACAGACCACAAUGUCUCUUCUUGGACGAACCUACCAAUUUCUUAGAUCGAGAGGCCCUCGGUGGUCUGGCAGUAGCCAUCAAAGAAUGGGGAGGAGCCGUCUGUAUUAUCUCGCAUUCUCAGGAAUUCGUCUCCGCUCUAUGUCCCGAGAUAUGGCAUGUCGAUAAUGGAGAAUUGACACAUAAAGGCAAAGUGGCCAUUGUCGAAGAUGCCUUUGAUAAUCCUUCCAACCCAACUUCAAGAGCUACUUCUAAAGCUGGUACACCUCGAGUUGCCGGAUCUGCUACACCCACUACGGGUGCGAACACUCCUGCUGGAAGUGCUGCUCCCUCAGGAACGGAUGAGAUUGUCGAUGGAGUAGCUAAAAUCAUGAUGAAGAAAAAGAAGAAGAAGAUGACCAGAAAUGAACUCAAGGCUCAAGAGGAAAGAAGAAGAUUGAGGAAAUUGAACUGGUUGACUUAUGGUGGUGAGAGAGAACCUGAUACCGAUGAUGAGUAA